UCAACUAGAGAUUGGGAAUCGGAUUUUGCAUAAAAAUGUACUUUGUUUCAAAUUAAUUUGUAUAUUUUUAUCAAUUGAUGAAUACGUUACGCGACUGCUUAUCAAAAUUGGUGUAUAAAUAAAGGUGUUUUUUUUUAUUCGAUAGUUACAGUGUGGAAGUGAAACGCAAUGCAAGUUGCAGUUAUUGAUCGAAAAAUUUGCAAAUCGUGUUGUUCUACUUUUUAUUUAGUGUUUCUUUCCUUAUCGGUGUAAAUGAUAACUUUUUAAAUAAACAAGAUAAACGGCUACGCCUCUUUUGACGCCGUUCCUACCUUCUGUGCUUUCAUAUCUACAUAACUUUAUAAGUAAUCUAAAAUGGCGAGCGAGACCAGUUCAGCUGUGCUGGAUCUGAAUGAUGUAGACACCACAGAUACGGAGAUGUGCAGCGUGGCAGACGACAGGGAGGGGUCACCGCUUAUUAUGGAGCCGGGGCUGGAUAUAGCUGUUAAGGUGGACGCACCUAUGAAGCAACUGUCGACACUGGAGACGUACGUCACGUACCGGGUGCGCUGCGUGUGCGCACGGUGGCCGACGCCGCCGUACGUCAGACGACGGUUUAACCACUUUAAGGUGCUGCACAAGCGGCUGAGCGCGCGGCAGCCGCUGGUGGCGGCGCCGCCGCUGCCGCCGCUGCACUCCGCGCGCCAGCAGCUCGACCGCUACUCGCCGACCUUCGUCGCCGUCCGCGCGAUGGCGCUCGACGCCUUCAUGGAACGAAUCGCGAAACAUCCGAUACUGACGCACUGUGAGGACUUCAAGCUGUUCCUCAUCACUCCUGAUGAAGAUUUCGAUAAGGUGUUUAAAAGCGAAAACAGCGCAUUGAAUUUGUGGGGCCUCAGCAGCGCCCUCUACGGGAGCAGUGAAGCGAAAAGCAAUAAUGGAGCUAGAGUAAGAGAUCCAGAGUUCACGGCGGCGGCCGACUACAUGCAGUCUCUGCAGCACAAGCUGACCACUCUGUGCACGCUCACCAACAAGCUGUACAAGGGCUCCGUUUCGCUCAGCAACGAGUACUCGAGUUUGCGGCGCGCGUGCGACGCGUGGGCGGUGUGCGGUGUGGGGGGCGCGGGGUGUGCGGGGGGCGCCGGGGGCGCGGGGGGCGCGGGGUGGGCGCGGGCGGCGGGCGCCGUGCGGGCGCUGGGCGCGGGCGGCGGCGCGGCGGCGGCGGCGCGGGCGCGCGCCCCGCUGCGCCACCGCGCCGUGCUGCCGCUGCUCGCCGCCUACGCGCGCGCGCACCUCGACAAGAUACGUGCGAGGGACGCGCUGCACGCUGCGUACGUCUCUGGCACCAACCCGUCAGAUGAAUGUCAUAACAGACUAGAACAGGCCUCAGAAGCGUUAAGAUCUGAAUUAUCAGAUUGGAUACCGAAAACGCGUGCGGAAAUCAAGUCGCUCUUACUAGACUUGGCCGACCGGCAAGUGGCGAUACACUCACAGUCGCUCAUGGGCUGGGAGGCGGCCCUCAAACUAUCCAACGACACUGAUAUAAGCGAACUGUUCAAAACCGUCUCCAAAACUGCUGUGCAGAAUUUGUCGCCAUCGAAGUGUCCAUUAACAGAAAAUGACUUUGACAAUAGUGAGAUCGACAGUGAUCUGGACACAGAUAAGAAAGACAGCGAGAAAGAGAGUGAGAAAGAGAGUUUCAACGGCUACGAGCAAGACACGACUGACAGGGUCAAUGAUGACAAUGACGUUAAUGAAAAUAACGAUUCGGAAACGUAUUCAAAUUUAAAUGAUGUUAAUGAUAAAAAUGUCAUUAACGAUAAUGUAAUUAAUGAUGACAGAAGUAACGAUAAGACGAAUGAGUUCUCAGAUCCGCUGCAGAGUUUCACGGAUGUGGAGUUGUCCUGAUUGUGCGAUACGUUGUUCUGUGAUGUUUUCAGACAGAUCACACAUUGAACUUUUGUGUAUAUUGAAGAUAAUAAAUCGAUCAAAUUUCAAGUGUACAAUAAUUUAUUUUUGUAGAGUAGUUUCUAUUAAUUUAAGUAUUUAAGACUAUAUUCAUAUAGAUGUAAAUAAAAUGUAAUGUAGCUUCCUUUUCUUUAAAUUAAACAGAUCAAAUCAAAUCUUGUAUAUUAAUGAAUAUAUAAUCCAGUUAAGGGGACUACGUGAGGUUGCAUUACGCACGCACACGUACAACCAACGAAUCAGCGGUCUCGACUUUGUUGGCACGCAGGGCGGCACGCACACAUGCGUGCGUAUCAUCGUUCAGAAAUAAGAUACGCGAUUUAUUAAAAAUCUAUUGAGUUUACUAAAAAAAAUAAUAUUACAUUACGUGUUGCUUGAAGCAUAAGUAGAGAAAAAAUCAGAAUGAUAGCUGUUUGGUUUUAAUCGUUAAAUGUAAUCGGUAAAUGUUUAGAAGUAUAUAUGUGAUUUAUUC